AUCCGAGGAUCCGAGGACAGAGGACAGCGGCGGAUUCCGGAGUCCGGCGCACGGCGUAGUCGAAUGUUUACGGACACGGACGAAAUCAUUUGUCCCCGUUCGAAAGUUUAUGAUAAAAAAUAGUACAAGCAAGGUUCCGGCCGACUUGGAGCUCCGUUAGAGAGACUGAGACCAUGUAAUCGAGUAGCAAGUAGUAUCUCGGUGUUUCUCACGCAUCUCGAUCAAUCUCGGCGAGAACCCGGCGCGCGCUCGGAGAGGAUCGCGAUCGCAGCUAAGGGGAUAAGGUGAGACCGCGUCUGUCGUGAGAAGCGCUCGCCGCCGCUCGCAUUGGCGCGAGGCGACGCGAUUAAAUGAGACGGGGCAGUACUUGGACAAGUACUACGUCUGGUGCGCGAACAUGUCUACGGAGACCGCCCUGAAUGACGUGUCGAACGUCGCGUCGAGGCUGCAGGGCCUACGACUGGCGACGCCAGCCGAGGACGAGCGUGACGCGACCGAGAAUGCGACGGCGGCUAGCGGCUCGUCGACGACCGGCGGCAGCGUGGCCGACGGUGCCGGCGUCGGCGUCGGCGUCAGCGUCAGCGGUAGCGGUGGGCCGUCGUCGUUGCGGGAGCCGUUACGGAACAUCACCCUUUCCCGAGCGCGGCGCGCGCUCAACUUCGUCGGCGACGAGGACCAGCCGCUGCUGAGCUCGUCGUCCGCCGUACGGAGCGAGGCCUCCAACUCGAAUAGUGACAACCGGCCACCUAUCAAUGCAGCGAAUACGUCGUAUUUGGAUGGCCGAACGCAGAAUAACGCUACUCUGGAGAACUCUACCAUGCAGAAUCAACCUGUAGUUAUGUACAACUGGCAAGGUACAAAGGCAACGAUGCGUGAAAGAAUUGUAUUCCUCUUUAACAAUGAAAUACUGUCAGACGUGACUUUUCUGGUGGGAAGAGGAGCGCAGCAGCAACGCAUACCAGCUCACAAACUAGUCCUGUCCUCUGGAAGUGCUGUAUUUGAUGCAAUGUUUAACGGAACGCUUGCAACAGCUUCUUCGGAAAUAGAAGUACCUGAUGUAGAGCCUGCUGCAUUUUUGGCAGUGCUCCUUUUUCUAUACACUGAUGAAAUACAGAUAGAUCCUGAAACUGUGAUGACGACGCUAUAUACUGCUAAGAAAUACGCGGUGGCCGCUUUAGAAAAGCAUUGUGUCGAUUUUUUAAAAAAUAAUUUGACAAGUGAUAACGCUUUCUUGCUAUUGACGCAAGCCCGUCUAUUUGAUGAACCACAAUUAGCCUCGGUAUGCUUGGACACCAUAGACAGAUUCACAACUGAGGCCUUUAAUGCGGAUGGAUUCACAGAUAUUGAUAUUGAUACAUUGAUGAUAGUCUUAGAAAGAGAUACUCUUCGUGUUAGGGAAUCUAAACUGUUUCAAGCUGUUUUAAGGUGGUCAGAAGCUGAAUGUGUAAGGCAGCAAUUACCAGUCACUCCAGAAAAUCAACGUUUGGUCUUAGGCAAUGCUUUGUCUUUGGUUCGUUUUCCCCUUAUGUCAAAAGAGGAGUUUACAGUGGGUCCAGCACUAUCCGGAUUAUUAAGUUAUUCAGAGGUUUUAUCUUUAUUCUCAUAUUUCAUACUGAAUCCCAAACCUUCUGUGGGGUUUCAAACGAUGCCACGAUGUUCUAUGACGGGCAAGGAACAGACUGUGUGCAGGUUUCAACAUGUAAAAAGUAAAUGGGGAUAUUUUGGAACUAGUGAUCGCAUUCGAUUUAGUGUGGAUAGACGCAUCUUUCUGAUCGGUUAUGGAGUUUACGGUAGCACCCAGGAUCCAGCAAUAUAUGAAGUGACAGUCGAAUUAAUUCACACUGCAUCAGGAAAAGUGAUAGCUACAAAUGCAACAAGUUUUAGCUGUGAUGGAUCAAAGUACACAUACCGUCUAAUGUUUAAAGAAUUAGCGGAAAUCUUACCAAAUACGAUUUAUACAGCAUCAGCAACUUUCAAGGGGCCAUGCUCAUAUUAUGGCACGAAAGGAAUGAAAACAGUGUUGAUGGAUAGUGAUUCGGGAAAAGUAAAAUUCAAUUUUAGCAGUGAAUUGGGAGAUAAUAAUGGCACAUCUACCGAUGAAGGUCAAAUACCCGAGCUUAUCUUUUACACAUAAUAUUAUUCGCGUAAACAUUCCUGGUUUGACUGAAUAUCAGAUAAAUUAUAUAAAUUAUGUGAAAAGGAUUUUGUCAAUUAUAUAUCUUGUGAUCGUUUAAAGCAGUGAUUUAAUUUUAAUGAUCUAUGGGCAUGCCAAAGGAAUUAACCCAAGAUUUGUUCAUAAUCUUAUAUAGAUAAUGCCGCUUUAUUUCAUUAAAUAAAUAGGUUUUAUAUAAGUGUAGAAUAAAUUCGCAGAGAUACGCCAAUCUUACAAUAGUAUUUACAAUAAUAUUUGCAAUACAUCAACAUGCUUAUAGGCAUCUUUCAGCAACAAUAAUGGAAUAAAUUAUUCGUCUUUCAGAUUUGUAAGAUUGUUUGAAUAUGUCAACUGUAGUUGAUACGUUAAUUAUUAAUUAAUUGUACAAAUAAGAUCGAUGUUUGGAAUUGGAGAUGUAUAAUCUAUUUUUCUAUCGUUUUAAUUGAGAUUUGUGGAAACCAAAAAUAUAGUUGUAUAAAAUACAAUGUUAAAAAAAGAAGUCAUGAAAAUAAGUGCAAGGAAAUCAAUUAUGUGCACACUCUGAUUUUGCCUAACAUCUUUUUUUCAGAAUAUGUAUAUCGACAUGAUUUGAAAUUGUAGAUAUAGCACUUCUCAAUGCAAAAGUAAUUAACGCAAUAAAAGUCUAAAACAUGUGGAGUAUUUUUUAGUAAAAAUUAGUAUUUUGGUAGUCACAGUGCGCAAUGCAAUGUAGAACUUGACAGAAUCUUGUUACUGCAACUAAAUAUAAAAAAUAGUCGAACGAAAGUAAUAUAAAAUAGCAUUUUUUAUUGUUCUUUAAUAAAAUAUCUGUACCUAUGUAUUCGACGAUUUAUUUAAAUUCUGAUAAAAUUUAAUGUAUUUCCUUAGCGAUUCAAAAAAACACAUUUAAAGUUUUGAUCUUUGUUAAUAAUAAAUGGUGCUAGCUAAUGAGAUAACAUUGUUAUCCUUAGCAUUUUUAGAGAUAAGCGUAUUUCAUAGACAUAAGUCCGAUAUUAUUUUCCUUGAAAAGCGCGUAUGUAUGAUUUUAUUUGCGAUUAUAUUUAAUUUAAAAUAAAAAACAUGUACAUGUAAUGUUAAAUAAUUAAAUAGAUUUAUUCCGCAAAAUA